ACGAAGCCACAAAUUAAUAAAUCACAAAAAAUCUUCAGUCUAUUCUAACUAGUGGCAGAUUUAUUUAAUUUAUCUUUUAAAAUGAAAAGUUUAAUUUUAUUCUGUGGCCUAGUUGGCUUGGUCUAUUCAAAAUCCUUAAGCACUUCAAGGGGGCAUGUCAGGUGCGUCAAUAUGUGGGACGAGGGCUGCAUCAAUGGUCAGCUGACUGGAUCAGGUGGAGAUGACGACUACCUGAAUGGCGGUUUCAACCCAGGCAAGCGCUGUGUCAACAUGUGGGACGAAGGCUGCAUCAAUGGUCAGCUGACUGGCUCUGGUGGAGAUGACGACUACCUGAAUGGCGGUUUCAACCCAGGCAAGCGCUGUGUCAACAUGUGGGACGAAGGCUGCAUCAAUGGUCAGCUGACUGGCUCUGGUGGCGAUGACAACUAUCUGAAUGGCGGGUUCAACCCGGGCAAACGCUGCGUCAACAUGUGGGACGAAGGGUGCAUCAACGAUCAACUUCCUGGAGCUGGCGGUGACGACGACUACCUGAACGGGGGCUUCAACCCCGGCAAGAGGUCUCUCCACGAACUCAUGCAGAAGUUGAGGAAGCACCCCAAACAUUGACCACAAUCGAACAAAUUAUAGUGUUUUAUGUCCGUCCGAACGUCGAUCUAAAUGUUUUUAACCCAUAGGUGCAGCACGCAACCUCUCAUAUUCAUAAAAAAGUUAAAAAGCAUAACUACCUACUUACUUUUAAAAUGUUUUGUGACUACAAAACAUUUGUAAGAAUGAGACGAAACAUAUUUUAGCUUGAAAGUACUUUCUUUUAUACGAAGAGUGCACGUUUGUUUAAUCUUGUGUUUAAUUCCACCAAGACCUGAAGCGAAUCUAUCCUUAGUGUGGAUAGUUUUUUUUUAAUAUAUAUUAAUUAUGUGCAAAUUUUUUAAUUGCUUUUAAAAUGUUGCUAUUAUAUAAAUGCGUUGUCUAUAAUUUUUCCACUCUGUAAAAAAUAUAUGGGUACAUUUUGUCUAUGUAUGAAGUAUUUGUAAAAUAAAUAUUUAUUUAAAAUUA